UUGGCCUCCUGUGCAAAUAGAAGCAAAAAAGAAGAGUAAAGUUGACUGUAGUCCAAACAUUUUGGUAGAACCAUAGAAGUACGCCGACACUUGCCUGUCGCCUCCUCCUCCGCUUCACGACGGCGAUUUCGUCCUCUCUUCCCGACCAAAGGGAGUCCAUUGAGUUUGAACUAGAUGGACCAGUAUGAAAAAGUUGAGAAGAUUGGGGAAGGAACAUAUGGUGUAGUGUACAAGGCUCGUGACCGUGUAACUAAUGAAACUAUUGCACUAAAGAAAAUAAGGUUGGAGCAGGAAGACGAGGGGGUACCAAGCACAGCUAUUAGAGAAAUCUCUCUCUUGAAAGAGAUGCAACAUGCUAAUAUUGUGAGGUUGCAGGAUGUGGUGCACAGUGAAAAGCGAUUGUAUCUAGUGUUUGAAUAUCUUGACUUGGACUUGAAAAAGCACAUGGAUUCGUGUCCUGAAUUCUCUAAGGAUCCACGUCUGGUUAAAAUGUUCUUGUAUCAAAUACUCCGUGGUAUUGCUUAUUGUCAUUCUCAUAGAGUUCUUCAUCGAGAUUUGAAGCCUCAGAACUUGCUGAUAGAUCGACGUACAAAUGCGUUAAAGCUGGCAGACUUUGGUUUGGCUAGAGCAUUUGGUAUUCCUGUCAGAACUUUCACUCACGAGGUGGUAACAUUGUGGUACAGGGCACCAGAAAUACUGCUUGGAUCACGCCAUUACUCUACUCCUGUUGAUGUGUGGUCAGUUGGUUGCAUAUUUGCUGAGAUGGUGAAUCAGCGCCCUCUGUUUCCUGGUGACUCUGAGAUUGAUGAACUUUUCAAGAUUUUCAGAGUGAUGGGUACUCCAAAUGAGGAUACAUGGCCUGGAGUGACUUCUCUGCCUGAUUACAAAUCUGCCUUCCCAAAAUGGCCUCCUAAGGACCUGGCAAUUAUUGUACCAAAUGUUGAUGGAGCAGGCCUUGAUCUUCUUGGUAAAAUGCUCUCCUUGGAUCCCAGCAAGAGAAUAACCGCUAGGAAUGCCCUUGAGCACGAGUACUUCAAGGAUAUUGGGUAUGUGCCGUGAUUCUCUGCCCCUUCAUCCAGAAUGCUAUUGUAAAUUUGGUAUGUCAUCUACAAGGUUUUGUUCUGGAGAAUCUGUGUGAUCUUUAUAGGGCCUCAAGUUUUUAUUCCGUUUUGAUUCAUGUUCCAGCAUCUGUGGUCACAAUUCGUGUCCACAUGUUGUAGCAUACUUUCCGGUGUAAUAUCCAUUUGGUUCUAUUCAGGGGUUCAGUAUCCUUGUACAAUGAAUACUUGUUUAGAUACAACAAUGGAUACUGUAAUGUUUAAGUAGAUUGGAUUUGGUGUGUCAUUAAAAGUUUUGCAUAGUUUUGCCUGGAGUUGAACAAAGCUUGAGUUGAUUAUCUGACUCCUUGGUUAUGCCAGUGCCAUUCCUUGAUGAUGCAGGCUGGUUAUAUCAAGUUCUAUUUUGAUGUUACAUUCCAGUUUCUGUUGGUUCCAAAAUUCAUAAUU